UGCUCACUGCAGAAACUGCCCCGCAGAGAGUGGCAGUUGAACUGGAAUAUGGUUACAGCACCGGAACAAGUUGUAAGCUCUAGAUACCUAGAUUCCUGAGGCUAGAUGUCGCUUUCAUCUGGUGUUCCCAGGGCUUCAUGAUGAGGCGCAUCGAGUUUAUGAGGAAACCUUCUGAACAGUGAACAUAAUUGAUCGGCUUUAAUCGUCAAAAGUGUUCUCAAUUGCGAGGAGCUUGGAUAGCUCAGAGUUGCUGAAUUGGCCCCACGUCUGGACGAACGUUUCGAAGCUUGCAGGGGGAUGCCACAAACUUGUUAGGCAGUGACGGCCCUGCUGAUUAGCAGAACAGCAGGGGUGCCUCACAGAUGGCGUACGUAGGGCCUGAUUUGACGGAGGCUCGUCUCUGCGGCUGCGAGGGCGUGGAACAGCACUACCGGCUGGACGAUCAAUUAGCUCGUACUCAGCAGAUUUCGGACCUGUUCAUUUUUUUGUCCUAUUUCUCCAUCCCCCUCGAGCUCCUGUACUUCCUCGCCUGCAGCAAAUUGGUGUUUCCAUUCAAAUGGAUUAUUGUGCAGUUUGGGGCAUUCAUUAUCCUCUGUGGUCUGACGCACCUGGUUGCGAUGUGGACAUACCACGAGCACACCUAUGGCAUUGCACUCACGCAGACCGUCAUGAAAGUGCUGACUGCCCUGGUAUCGUGCGCAACCGCACUGACGUUGGUGUACGUCAUUCCAGAGCUGCUUUCCCUGAAAGUUCGAGAGAUAUAUCUUAAAUCCAAGGCAGAACAACUGGAUCGAGAAAUUGGAGUUGUGAGGACCGCAGAAGAAACUGGACGGAACGUGCGUAUGUUGACAUCUGAGAUUCGGUCAACCUUGGACCGCAACACGAUCCUGAAGACAACCUUAGUUGAGCUGGGGAAGACUUUGCAGCUGUGGAAUUGCAUGCUCUGGAUGGCGAAGCCCGGCCAGCCCUCCAAGUUGACACUUACAUACCAGCUCAGGGAUGGCAAGGGCAGCAGGCGGCCAUCGGUGUCAACGCAGGACCCCGUCGUGCAGUCCAUUUUCAGCGUGAACACCGCCAUCUUGAUCAGCUCGAAAAGCCCGCUGUCGAUAGGGGACGAUCCGCGGGUCCCUGAUGACGGGGCUGUGGUGUCCAUCCGGGUGCCGUUGCUGCAUACUUUGCGGUCAAAGAGCAACGGCAAUCUAAUUUCGCUGGUAGAGGCUGCGCUGAGACUGUCUGAGGACAGUAGUCCCGGUGAGAGCGAGAGUGGGACCAGGCGAAAUAGCGGGUCAGGGUCUGAGUACGCAAUUCUUGUCUUGGUGCUCCCGGGGGGCAGUGCGCGACGAUGGAAGCCGCAUGAACUAGAGAUGGUGGAGGGCAUAGCGGACCAAGUUGCGGUGGCUCUAAGCCAUGCUGCCAUCCUGGAGGAGUCUCAGCGCACGAGGGAGGAGCUGCUUCAACAGAACGAAGCGCUGGUGAUUGCGCGCCAGGAAGCGGAGACGGCCAUCAAGGCCCGCAACGACUUUCUGGCAGUCAUGAACCAUGAAAUGCGUACGCCGAUGCACGCCAUCAUUGCGCUGACGUCGCUGCUGCAAGAGGACGACUCGCUCAGCAAAGACCAGAAGAUGAUGGUGGACACCAUCGUAAAGAGCAGCGCUCUGCUCUCAACGCUCAUCAAUGACAUCUUAGAUUUCAGUCGACUCGAAGACGGAAGCCUGGGUUUAGAUUUGACUACGUUCCAGCUGCCGGCUUUGCUGAAAGAGGCAGAAAACCUGGCGCGGCCGAUGGCCCAGGCAAAGAAGCUGGACUUGACAAUGACGGUUGCGCCUGGUGUUCCGACGGAAGUGAUCGGGGACGAGAAACGAUUGUUCCAAGUUACGCUAAACAUUCUCGGAAAUGCUGUCAAGUUCACGAAAGAGGGCUCUGUCAAAUUGCAUUUGAAGAUCGAGGACUUUUCUGGGAGCACGGAUCCCCGGCGGCCCGACUUCCGGCCAGCGCCCGACCCUGCCUUUACGUACAUUCGCGUCGAGAUCACGGACACUGGAUUGGGGAUCAAGGCGUCCGACGUCGGCAAGCUUUUCAACAAGUUCGUCCAGGCGGACUCUACAACCACGCGCAACUACGGCGGCACUGGGCUGGGGCUCGCCAUCUGCAAAAAGUUUGUCGAGUUGAUGGACGGGUUAAUCUGGAUCGAGAGCGAGGGGUUAGGAAGGGGAACCAAAGUUUCGUUUAUCGUAAAACUGGGCGUCGUGCCGCCUCGAAACGAGGCGCAGGCGGAAGCUCCGACUGCGGCUUCGGUGGUGAACGCGAGCCAAGAGUUCCUGAGCGGGUUACGGGUCCUGGUCACGGAUGAUAACGGGGUGAACCGCGUAGUAACGCGGAAGCUCCUCGACCGCCUCGGGUGCAACACGACCGUGGUCGAGUCGGGUGCCAGAUGCUUGGCCACCCUAGAGGCGGGGCACCGGUUUGCCGUGCUCUUGCUGGAUCUGUCGAUGCCCAAAAUGGACGGCUACGAGGUGUGUCAGCGGAUACACGAGCGCUUCGCUCCGGGGGAGCGGCCGCUCAUCGUGGCGCUUACUGCAAACACGGACAGGGAGACACGUGCGCGCUGCAUGAUGUUGGAUAUGGAUGGGAUCAUCCUGAAGCCAGUGGCGCUGGAGGAGAUGGCCUCCGUGCUUAGCGAGUUGCUUCGGAGGCAAAGCCAGAGUGCGGCGUCCCCAUUAGGGGGGUCGCCUUCACGAUCUUUGGGUGACUCUCCUCUCGGAGUUGAAAGCAUCGGAAGGAAGGGCCUUUCGAAGCAGUCGAUGGGCACCAACAUGGAACUGGCCGUCCUUCCUAGGAAGAGGUCCGAAGAUGAAUAGAGUCUGAGAAAACACGAAAGAACACCCCUGCGUUCAAGAAAGGUAGACUUUGUUACCUAACAGAGGUAUCAUAGGGUCCAUAAGCCACGGAUACACGGGCGUGCAACACUCGCUCGACGUGGAAAUGAUGCAUGUUGAUGUGCACAGGACCGGUGUCAGCAUGGCCGCAAGCUUGAGAGUGUAGGACCUCUGAUCCCACGGUCAUGUUGUAUCCAAACAGAGCCUGAGUGCCCCGGCUGUCCCCCGGUGCCUUCCCACAUGUUGCAUCCGCGGACAAAGUGACCGAUGUCUCGGUGCUGAAAAUCAU